CAGGACUUCCAGUGUGACAUUAUGGGGAAAGAGGACUAUAAAUUGAGGGCCACCUCUCAGGCACCUGCAAACAAACAAGCAAGCAGCAAAGCAGAAGACGGCUGGGAUAAUUUGGCAAAGUGCAUUUAAGGAUAUUCUACUUCACAGUGAGCUCUAGAAACAGACCAACAGCAACCAUGUCAGCACACACCAGCCUGCUCCUUCUCAUCACUGUGUGUGUGUCCAUGCAGGAAGGAUUUGGACUUCCACUGUCAGAGAGGCCUAAAUCCAGUGAUCUGGCUCCACCUCACAGAGUGCGGACCAAACGCUGUGCCUGCAACAACCAGCUGGACUCUGAAUGCCACUACUUUUGCCAUCUCGACAUCAUCUGGGUCAACACACCAAGUAAGACCACUGUUUACGGCUUGGGCAGCCCUCUGUCACGUCGCCGUAGGUCUGCCGGUCGCUGUGUGUGUGCCGACUCUGACGACCACACCUGCACCAGCUUCUGUCAGGACAGAUCUAUGGUCAGAGCCUCUGAGAGAGCCAGGGGAUGGGCCUUUCCACCCAGGAAGGAAGCAGCCAGGGCCCCUGGUCAUAAUGAGCGCUAAACGACAUUGUGUGGCAGACAGUGAGGAGUGGAGAGCGAGUACCAGAACAAAUGACACUCUAACAUUGAGAGGAGCAGAACAAAGGGCUGCUGAUAGAGAGAUGUGUCACAUGCAGGAAGGCCACAGACCGGUGGGACUGCCUGUCUGUUUGUUGGUUUGCACCCAUAAGAAGAGGUUGGAAAGCAAAAUGGGACAGAGGCCUGAAGACAGAGAAUAGACACUAGAUCCAAACCUUGAGGGAUGGAUCAGGCAUGAUACAUACAGGGUAUUUGUGUAGCAAAAUGUUUGUUAGGGCCAGGAGGGACAAGGAUGGUCCAUGCUACUGGCAAAUUCUGGCCAGGUAGCCAUAGAGGAAAGAACACUUGAUGUGUUUAUGCUGGUUGUCUGUGUUCAAAACAGUGGCAGACCAUUGCUGUCAAGAUGGAAAGAAUGUAACAGGGAGAAUAUGACUGAUACGAUCAUCAAAAUUAGCCACUGUGUUUUUCUCAUUAUUUUGCCAAACAUAUUUAAUCUCUCCUUUAUUUGAUUUGUAUAAUAACAACAUAUUAUGAUUGCCAUGCAGGUUAUUCAUCAAGGAAAAUGACUGAGGUCAUUUAAAGGUGCAAUGUUUAGGAUUAUACACUGAGUGUACAAAACAUUAAGAAUACCUUCCUAAUAUUGAGUUGUAAAGUUGACUGGAUGUCCUUUGGGUGGUGGAUCAACUGUUGAGUGUGAAAAUCCCAGCAGCGUUACAGUUCUUGACACAAACCGGUGAGCCUAGCACCUUUUACCAUACCCUGUCCAAAGGCACUCUGAUUGGCACACACACAAUCCAUGUCUCAGAUGUGUCGAGGCCUAAAAAUCCUUAUUUAACCUGUCUCCUCCCCUUCAUCUACACUGAUUGAAGUGAAUUUAACAAGUGACAUCAAUAAGGGAUCAUAGCUUUCACCUUGAUUCACCUGGUCAGUUUAUGCAAUGGAAAGAGCAGGUGUCCUUAAUGUUUUGUGCACUCAGUGUAUAUGUGUGUAUGGUUGGGUGGGUCAGGUGGGUGGGAGUAAAAAAUACAUAACAUUGAAACAUAUGGUACAUUGUUGUAUUAAAUUGAUUUCGACCACUUCUGUAUUGAGUGACUGUGUGAAGCAGUGUGUAAUAAUAAACAAAUGAAUAGUUGAAUUAU